AUAAGAUACAAUUUUUAUUUCAUUAUUGUUCUCUUUUCUAUUUAUUCCAAGUCAUAUAUGAAUCAAGCAUUAAAAUGGAAAUUUCAAAAAUUACUUCACCAAAUGACUGGAUCUACUUUGCCAAGGGUAAUGCGAAUAUUUUAUUCAAAUAUACUGGGAAUAAUGAUUAUUUAAGGCAUAAACUAUUAAGAGUUCGUCUAUUGAAAGAAGACGAUCAAUACAUCUCGACGUGUGAAUUAUAUGAUUUCAUCGAGUUAAGAUGUAAACAUUUAUUUCCUCAACAAAUCAUUGAUAUUCAAUUAAUUGUAUUGACCACCGAUUUUGUUAAUCAACUAGAUAAUCAUGGUAAUCAACUCAUGUUAAAGGAAAGAUAUGGUUUAUUAAUUCCAAAUAUCUUAGAUGGGAAUUAUACAAAACAAUUUUUAUCGAAAAAUUGUCAUCUUUAUAUUGGUAAUAAUAAUCCUUUCAAUUAUGAUGAUCAAUUUCAAAAUGAAUAUUCUCAAAAUAAUAUAAAUGAUUUCUCAACAAAUAAUAAAAUUGAUCUGGUAAUUUUUGAAAUAAAACCAAAAUGGUUAUAUGAUAAUACUUCUUCAAAUUAUUGUCGAACUUGUCUGUUGAAUAUUUUAAAAGGUUAUUCAAGACAUUUUUGUCCACUUGAUUUACUUUAUCCAGAAACAAUAGAUGAAGGUUUAGAAGAUAUUUUUUCAGUAAUUCCAAAAGAAUUAUUAACUACCAUUGAAGAAAUUAAUAGAAUACCACUUAAACAAUUAUUUAAAAUAUUUUUAAGUAAUCCAAAUAGUGUUUUCCAAAGAUUAAAAGAAUAUCAAAGAAUUAAUAAUAAAAAUGAUUUAAUUAAAAAUUUAACUUCAAUUGAUGAUGUUUCUCAAAAUUUAUCUUUGGUUAUGACUUUAAGAGAUGUCGGUUUAUUCAUAAAAUUUGAAAAAUACGAUAAAUAUAAUAAUAUUCAUAAUAGUCAAAAUAAUAUUAAUAAUUUAAUCACCAUUGAAAACUAUGGUAAAUUCUUAUUAACUUGCAAUAUUUAUGAUUUGGAUUUAAAAUCAAAAUUAAAAUAUAAGCAUUGGUUAGAUAUUGAAGAAAAAUUACAAAGUAUUUAUAACUCUUCAAAUCCAAAUUGGAGAUACUGUAUCAAACGUGAUAACUCAGUUGAUAAUUUGGAAACAUAAUCCUAACAAGCAUUACCUUUACCCAUUCCGUUCGACUUGCCAUACUCCUUCAUUUAUCAUCAAUUUUUUAAUUCGUUUCAUAAAUUUUUAAUAAUAUAUAUGAUUUUUUUCCUUGAUCUUCUCGUAUUCAUUUAUUUUAAAUAUGUGAUUAAUUCUUUUUGAAUCUGAU